AUGCUCAUAAAAUCUUACCCGGGUGGUGCGGCAGUUACUGGGUCGUUAUUGAUUACGUUCCUGGUUACAUUUCUGCUCAUCACUCUCUCUCUUCCUCCGUCAAAGUCCUUCAUCCGGCUGACCGGAGUCUUUGCUCUCGCGACCCUAACUUACGCGCUCCAGCUCGCGUCUAGUGAGUGGAUCGCCAAUCCUCACUGGCGUUCCGCGAUCGUUCCACUUUUAUGGAUUCAGUUUAUGAGUGCCUCUGAGCUUGUCCUAGUCAGAAAGUGGGAUGGCAUCUGGGAAUCGGACGCCCGCACCAAGAGCAUGGCUGGGUUCACCCCAUCUUCUGCCUCUCUCGUGGCCCGAACGUACGAAUCUCUAAUGCUGCUUUGGAAGCUCAGACGAAUCGGCACGAGGUGGCAGGUCAAACAUGUCCCUGGAUUACAACAACGGUCUCCACACCCCCCAGAGAGCCGGGUAGCAUUUGUCUUGAAACGAUCUCUCAAGAUCCUGGUUGCCUUUCAGGUUCUUAGCCUCAUGACGCAGGCUCCGCCUCCGGACCCGAAUUUUGUCGGUCGCGACAAACAAGCGCUGGCGUUUCAGGGUCUCGUCAGGCUGUCGCAAGCGGACAUCACGUUCCGCAUCAUUGGGACCCUGUCGUUCUGGGCCUGCACCGCUCUCAUAAACCUACUCAUGUUCGAAGUUACUUGUCUCGGGUUCGUUGUCGUUUUUCUAUGCAAGGUCGAGGACUGUCCUCCACUCUAUGGGGAUUUUUCGUCUGCCUCAACCAUUAGGGGCUUCUGGGGGACCUCAUGGCAUCAAUGUCUGCGUAGUGGCCUCACAGGCCAUGCCGAUGUCAUUGAACACCACAUUUUCCCAUUCCGGCAAAGACUGGUUUCUAGAUACCUUCGUAUCUUUAUCUCCUUUUUCAUUUCCGGUCUGAUUCAUCAUACUUCUGACAUCGCAAUGGGAAUGACAGCAAAGAACGCCGGUGCUUUUAUGUUCUUCUUGCUGCAGCCCAUUGGAAUCAUCGCUGAAGAUGCUAUCCAGGCUAUCUCGAAACAAGCGCCAGUGUGUCAUUCGGCGUCCAGAGUUCGGGUCUUUGUCGGAUACCUAUGGUCACCCAUCCCGGCGUUGAUAUUUCUCACCUUUACGCUUGUUUAUUACAUCUACUUGAAAGGCUUCCCAAGACCUCUCACUGGGAUUCCAUACAACGAGAGCGCUCUGAAAAGCUUCUUGGGUGACCUUCCUGCCUUCCAGCAUGCAAGAACCCACGGAAAAGGCUUUACUGUGUGGAUGCGCGACCUGGCUCAGAAACACGGGUCACCAAUGGUUCAGGUCUUCCUAGGCCCAUUUGCACCGCCAUGUGUGGUUUUGUUUGACUAUCGUGAAAGUUACGACAUUGUUGCACGGCGAACGAAGGAAUUUGACCGUUGCCGAAGGGAUGCAGAAACUAUGUCGACCAUUUUACCUGAGCAUCAUCUUUCGAUGGUGUCAGCUGACGCCAGAUUCAAAGGCAACAAGGACUUGGUGAAGGAUUUGAUGGCCCCAGGAUUCUUGAAUGAGGUUUCUGCGCCCGAGAUUUACAGCAAAGCGCUAUCUCUCAUAGAGCUGUGGAGUGUGAAGAGCAAAUGGGCCGCAGGCCGUCCGUUUGAAGCCCAUCACGAUCUUCAGAACGCUGCUUUAGAUAUCAUCAUGUCCGCUGCCUUUGGCGAGACAAGCAAUGGCGGUGUUCUCCGGCAGCACAUACUGCGAGAAACAGGCCAUAGGCCCUUCCUAGUGCCAACAGAUCCGAAAGAGCCUGCAUGCUUCAAGAGUCUUGGGCUUCCUACUGAGUACCAGGCUACUGUUGAUAUCACCCACUUUAUGGGCAGGGUUGUCACGUCGCCCUUCCCAAAACAGUUUGCAUGGCUGUUGAAGACAUUCACGAGAGUGAGCAGUGUAUUCGUGAAGAAGGACCAGUUCAUCAGGAGCCAGAUUCAAAAGGCAGUAUCAUCGCUGAGCGACGAAUCGCUCCAAGGAGGGAAGGCAGCCAAAUCAGCAUUAGACUUCAUCGUCUUGCGAGAAGUGACAGCAGCCAAGAAGUCCGGACGUAAACCCUCAUUCACUUCAAAGAGAUUGGAAGACGAGUUGCUUGGAUACAUCGUCGCGGGCCAUGAAACGUCUGCGUCCAUCUUGUCUUGGGCUGUGAAGUUUCUAGCCGAUAAUCAGAAACAACAGCAUACAUUGCGCAAACAUCUCCAGGCAAUUUAUCCAGAUGCUGUAGAAGAGAGGAGACAGCCAAGUGUAACCGAACUCACAACGGUUACAGCUCCGUAUCUUGAUGCCUUCCUGGAAGAGAUUCUACGACUCUCACGGACAGCUUCGAUUCUAACACGCGAAGCUGUCAAUGAUACUAUCGUGAUGGGGAAGUUCGUGCCGAAAGGUACCACAAUCUUCAUCUUCACACAGGGGGCGAGCUACGUGCAGCCUUCUCUGGGCGUUGACGAACAAGUGAGAAGUAGAACUUCGCAAGAAGCCAAGCGAGUUCCAGACUGGCUUUCCGACGACGUAGGAAAGUUCUGUGCUGGGCGCUGGCUUGUACCAAAGACGGGAGCGAGCGGGUUCAGCGAAGAAUUCGUCGGAAAAGAAGACAGCUGGACUUUGUCUGAUUUUGAUUUUGAUCCUCAAGCAGGGCCAAUCUUGACAUUUGGUGGUGGACCAAGAGGAUGUUUUGGUAGACGUCUCGCCUAUCUUGAGUUGCGCAUGGUUCUUGCGUUGCUUGUGUGGAAUUUCGUUUUCAAGCCAUGCGCCGACAACCUUAGCACCUAUGAGCUCAGGGAGAGCAUAACUGUGGAGCCCAAGGAUUGCUAUGUCAACCUCCAGACUUCAGAAAACAUGUAG